UUUACAAAUUGCAUUUUUUUGCCAAAUUGCAAAGUGUAAAUGCCGCUUCCCAUUUUAUAGAUAUUAGUUAUCAAUUAAAUGUAAAAUAAUUAAGAUUUAAGUUACAAUACAGUUUUAUAUCUCUAUAAGAUGGUAAGACAUAGAAAAAUAGUCAGUUCGCAACAUAAACAUGGGAAUAAUAACACUGGUAGCAAUUCGGGAAGUGGUAGAAACUCAAAUUUAUUUCGUUUCUCAUCUAUUUGGAAGACUGUUGUCGGAUUCUGUUGCCUAGCAUUCGCGAUUUAUGUUAGUGUUUUAGGUUAUCUAGAAACCCGCGUAAACACGCCUCUUGAUGAGGAAAAGGCAGUUUUAGAGACUGGUAUAUUUGUACCAGAACGCUACUGGGGUUCAUAUAGACCAGGAGUAUAUUUUGGUAUUAAAAGCAGAGACCCACGUUCCCCUGUUUUUGGUUUUAUGUGGUAUGAAAUUGGUGAUACACAUAAAGGGAUCAGACAUUGGUGUGAUCAGAAUGAUAAUUUAAUGUCCUACGGUUGGUUAAGACAUGAUGGAUUUUUGUUUGGAGAGCAAUUGAUAUUGGAUAUGCCACUUAAUAUAGUGACAUCAUUUAUAAAGACCCCAGGUGUGGUGAACGGAGGACAUUGGACUGCAAGAAUUAAUGUUACUUCAAAGCAUAAUAAGAAGACAGUAGGUUUGAUAUGGUACGGAGCCUUAGAUGAGUCAAUGGGUCCAGCAGCACCACAUUCCCGUCUAUGGAUGGAGAAUGGAGUUAUGAAGGGACAUACUCCCCAGUUAGAUAAUUUUAGAAUUAAUUUUAUACAUGAAGGUAAACUCCACCAUACGUCAUAUUCAGAGGCAGUAGCACCAGGGCUACAUCUCUUAAAGGAGAAGUUUUAUUCUUUAUUAAAGCCCAGUAAAGAAAGAUAUGGACCAAUUGGACAACUGCCAAUAUUGCAACCGGACCCAAAACUAAAUGAACAGAACGCGAAUUUUGUUCCUGUUCAAAUGAUAGUUGAGACACCAUUUUAUUUGGAUGUAGUGUACACAACAGAAGAUCUGCCUACCCCACCAUUGAAGGGGAUUGAAUAUACAAAUGAAAUGGAAAUGCAUAGGAUGAAAUUCGACUUAGAAUUUGAAAGAAAAUUCAAUCUGGAUGAUAAGUAUGCAGAACUCGACGUGAUUAUAGCUAGAGCGGCGUUGUCCAACAUGAUUGGUGGAAUCGGAUAUUUCUAUGGGGCGGGCAGAGUCAAGUCCCAGCAUACCAGUGAGCCAGUGCCUUACUGGAGAGCGCCGUUGUAUACCGCGGUACCAAGCAGGUCGUUCUUCCCACGCGGUUUCCUAUGGGACGAGGGCUUUCAUGGUCUCCUGAUAGGUCACUGGUCUCCUCAGAUACAGAUGGACAUCGCGGCGCAUUGGCUGGACCUGAUUAAUGUUGAAGGAUGGAUACCACGCGAACAGAUACUGGGUGUGGAAGCGGUCGCUCGUGUGCCUAAAGAGUUUAUAGUACAAAGUAACGCGGCGGCCAAUCCGCCAAUGCUGUUGGUACAGUUGGCGCAUUUGGUGCGCAACAACCCGCAGCUAUUCGGACCAGGACAGACGCUGCGCGGAACUCUCGAUCGAAUGUUCCCUAGAUUGCAGGCAUGGUACCAAUGGUUCCAAAGCACACAGAAAGGAGACGAGCCCACCGCGUACAGGUGGCGAGGCAGAGAAGAUGACGGUCUCCAACUCAAUCCUAAAACUUUGACAUCCGGUCUGGAUGAUUAUCCUAGGGCAUCACACCCAUCAGAUAUUGAACGGCAUGUUGACCUUCGUUGUUGGAUGUACGCUGCCGCAGAUGCUAUGGCGACCAUCGCUUUUCACCUGUUUAUUGAAACGACUAAAUACGAAGCAACGAGAGAUCAGCUGGGCGAUGAGGAACUUCUGAAUGAACUUCACUGGUCGCCGGAAACUCAGACAUACGCUGACUAUGGUCUCCACUCGGAUGGCGUGAAGUUGGUCAGGCAACCAGCUAAAGCUCCCAAUGAGCUAUCAAGAGUGGUUCGAAGCGUAUUAGUGCCACCAAAGCCUACACUGGUCACUUCGGCUUUUGGUUAUGUAUCUCUUUUCCCAAUGUUGCUGAUGGUGUUAAAACCUGAGAGUCCCAAGUUGGGGAAGAUCCUGGAAGACUUGGACAAGCCUGAACUACUUUGGUCUCCAUAUGGACUUAGAUCGCUGUCAAAAUCAUCGCCAUACUAUAUGAAGAGGAAUACAGAACACGACCCACCGUACUGGCGAGGUCAAGUUUGGCUCAAUAUCAAUUAUUUAGCUCUACGCGCGCUGAAGCACUACUCCCGAGCAGGAACUUACGCCAAGCGCGCAGCAGAUCUGUACGAACGCCUUAGAGACAAUAUCGUCCGAAAUGUGUUAGCAGAAUACAAACGCAAUGGCUAUCUAUGGGAGCAGUACUCCGGAGAAGACGGCAAAGGUUCAGGAUGUAAGCCGUUCACUGGAUGGACUGCGCUUGUUGUGCUUAUCAUGGCUGACGAAUAUUAACACACACUGCCUUGUUAUGAUAUCCUGGUAUCAUGGAUAGUAUACAGCUGUGACGUCACUGUACUACGCGUCUACGUGGUAAGAAGCAAUUAUUUAAGGCUGUGCAAUAUUAUCACAUUUCUGUUUUCCUAGUAGAUUAGUUACUUAAACUAGAAAAUAAUUCAUAUCUUAUCAGGAGUAGAAUUAGAAAAUUCAAUUAAAAAAAGACAAAUUCAGCUCAAAAAAAAUAAAAAAAUAAACAUACUAUACCUUGCCUUGAAUCGACGGAAGAGGAGACGCAGAAAAGAAGACAUUUUCCCCUUCCUAUGCGUUCCUCCUCUAACCGUCGGUUUCUGACACCAAAAUCUCUGUAUGAAAAAUAUCGUCAUC